CCGAGUUGAGCUUCUUCUCAGAGACACGCGGCUGGCGACUGCAGAGCAGAGGCUAAAAUCCCCAGACGCCGGGUCUUCUGGGCUGGGCUUUCCCCGCCUUCCUGCUCUGUCUCACUCGCUCCCCUCCUGCGUUCUGGAUUUUACAGUGGGCUCAGGAAACAGCUUUACCUGUCAGUGACAAAGCUCACGUCCUUUGCAGGAAGUGUUCAACCCCUGGUAUGGCAGACUUUUCUCUACAGCAGCAGAAGGGACUACGGUGCCAAGACAAUAAGAACACCUGCCUGACAAAGCGGGAAGCUGACUCAAGGGGCAAAGUCAAGCUGAGCUGAAUUCUUUGGAAACCUACAAGAGUCAUCAUUCAGAGAGGGGCUCUGAUGGAGCUCCCUAGGCAUUGACUGCUCUUUUCAGAAGUCUGGACUCCCUGAUCUCUAAGGCCUCUCAAGCUAAAGGACACUUAUCUGUGAAGGUGAGCACCGCAGAUAUUUUGCACAUGAACCCUGAAGGGAGCCUCUGAUAUAUUGCCUGUAGCAAGAAGAAGGGACCAGCACGAAGAAAAACAUGCCAUCUGCACUUGCUUUCAUGCUACUUGUUCUCAACAUCAGCCUCCUGACUGGACAGUCACCACCUGGAAAACCUAAGAUCCACAAAUGCCGUUCCCCUGACAAGGAAACAUUCACCUGCUGGUGGAAUCCUGGGUCAGAUGGAGGACUUCCUACCAAUUAUUCACUAACUUACAGCAAAGAAGGAGAGAAAACCACCUAUGAAUGUCCAGACUACAAAACCAGUGGCCCCAACUCCUGUUUCUUUAGCAAGCAGUACACUUCUAUAUGGAAAAUAUACAUCAUCACGGUAAAUGCCACGAACCAAAUGGGAAGCAGUGCCUCAGAUCCACUUUAUGUGGAUGUGACUUACAUCGUUGAGCCAGAGCCUCCUCAGAACCUGACUUUAGAAGUGAAACAACUAAAAGACAAAAAAACAUAUCUGUGGGUAAAAUGGUUCCCACCCACCAUAACUGAUCUAAAAACUGGCUGGUUUACAAUGGAAUAUGAAAUUCGAUUAAAGUCUGAAGAAGCAGAAGAGUGGGAGAUCCAUUUUACAGGUCAACAAACACAAUUUAAGGUUUUUGACUUAUAUCCAGGACAAAAGUAUCUUGUCCAAACUCGCUGUAAGCCAGACCAUGGAUACUGGAGUAGAUGGAGCCAAGAGAAUUCCAUUGAAAUACCAAAUGACUUCACCUUGAAAGACACAACCGUGUGGAUCAUUGUGGCUGUUCUCUCUGCUGUCAUCUGUUUAAUUAUGGUCUGGGCAGUGGCUUUGAAGGGCUAUAGCAUGAUGUCCUGCAUCUUCCCACCAGUUCCUGGGCCAAAAAUAAAAGGAUUUGAUACUCACCUGCUAGAGAAGGGCAAGUCUGAAGAACUGCUGAGUGCCUUGGGGUGCCAAGACUUUCCCCCCACUUCUGACUGUGAGGACUUGCUGGUCGAAUUCUUAGAAGUGGAUGACAAUGAGGACGAGCGGCUAGUGCCAUCCCAUUCCAAAGAGUAUCCAGGACAAGGUGUUAAACCCACACACCUAGAUCCUGACAGUGACUCUGGUCACGGAAGCUAUGACAGCCAUUCUCUUUUGUCUGAAAAGUGUGAGGACCCCCAGGCCUACCCUCCUACUUUCCACAUCCCUGAGAUCAUUGAGAAGCCAGAGAAUCCUAAGGCAAAUAUUCCUCCCACUCCUGAUCCCCAAAGUACCACUCCCAAUUUUCAUGCAGAUGCAUCCAAAUCUUCAACAUGGCCUUUACCGCCUGGCCAACACAUGCCCAGAUCUCCUUACCACAGCAUUGCAGAUGUGUGCAAGCUAGCUGGAAGUCCUGUGGAUACACUGGACUCUUUCUUGGACAAAGCAGAAGAAAAUGUUCUAAAGUUGUCUAAAGCCCUUGAGACUGGAGAGGAAGAAAUGCCUAAGCAAGAGGGGCCAAAAAGCUUCCCUUCUGACAAACAAAACACACCUUGGCCGCUGCUCCAGGAGAAAGCCCCCACUGUCUAUGCUAAACCCCCAGAUUACGUGGAGAUUCACAAAGUCAACAAAGAUGGAGUGCUUUCAUUAUUCCCCAAGCAGAGAGAAAACAACCAGACAGAAAAGCCUGGGGUUCCUGAAACCAGUAAGGAGUAUGCCAAGGUGUCUGGGGUUAUGGAUAACAACAUCCUGCUGUUAGUACCAGACUCACGAGCCCAGAACACAGCCUUGCUUGGGGAAUCAGCCAAGAAGGCGCCACCCUCGCUUGAACAGAAUCAAUCUGAGAAAGAUCUGGCCAGCUUUGCUGCAACCUCAAGCAACCACAGACACCAACUGGGCAGGUUGGAUUACCUGGAUCCUACAUGCUUCAUGCAUUCCUUUCACUGAUAGCUAGACUUAUGGAACGAUUGGCUAAAAUGUGAUUUCUCUUCAGGUAACACUACAAAGUCAUGAAGUAAUGUGGUCUGCUAGCAAAUGUUACAGGAUGUGGGUAUAAAAAAAAGAAAAACACUACUUCACUCCUUCUCACGCUUAUGUUCAGCACUUGCC